CUGAGCGUUGUAGCAGGAGAGGUCACUUUGCAUGUAGAGGAGUCUUAACCAGAAGUCCUGUGGCCAUGGCUGAAAGUCUAGAAAAGGGUCGAUCUGAGGGGACCCCUGCUGCAGACGCAUAUCCCAGAAAGAUCCUGGAGUACAUGGAAGGAUUCCUCAUCUCAAAGACUGUUUUCACCUCAUGUGAGCUCGGUCUGUUUGAUGUCUUGCUGGGUGCAGAGCGCCCCCUGUCUGCAGAAGAGAUCAGUCAUGCAGUUGGAGCCAGUCAGGACGGCACACAGAGACUGCUGGCUGCCUGCACCGGCCUGCAGCUCCUUAACGCACACACUGACGAUGGUCAAGUCUUGUACAGUAACACAGAACAGGCCAGUGUCUACCUGACCCGCUCCAGUCCUUUAUCUCUCUACCAGUCCAUCCAGUACAGCUCCAGAACCAUCUACCUCUGCUGGCACUACCUGACCGACGCCAUCAGAGAGGGAAGAAAUCAGUAUGAAAAGGCUUUUGGAGUCAGUUCGAAAGACCUCUUUCAAGCUCUCUACAGGUCUGACGAGGAGAUGGUCAAAUUUAUGCAGUUAAUGAACUCCAUUUGGAACAUCUGCGGUAAAGACGUGGUCACAGCCUUUGACCUUUCUCCUUUCAAGGUCAUAUGUGACCUUGGCGGCUGCAGUGGAGCAUUAGCCAAACAGUGCACGUCAGCCUACCCAGAAUGCACUGUGACGAUCUUUGACCUCCCCAAGGUGGUGCGUACAUCCAGGGAACACUUUGUCACCGAGGCCGACCAGAGGAUUAGCUUCCACCAAGGGGACUUCUUCAAAGACCCCCUGCCAGAGGCUGACCUCUACAUCCUCGCCAGAAUCCUCCAUGACUGGCCAGACGAACGCUGCAUAGAGCUACUCAGUCGAGUCUACAAAGCCUGCAGACCGGGUGGCGUUGUGUUGCUUGUGGAGGCGUUGCUCCAUGAGGACGGUUCUGGCCCGCUGACAGCGCAGCUCUACUCUCUAAACAUGCUGGUGCAGACUGAAGGCAGAGAGAGGACAGCUGCUCAGUACGCCGCCCUGCUGGCCGCUGCCGGCUUCACCAACAUCCAGCACCGCCUCACCGGGAAGAUCUACGACGCUGUGCUGGGGCACAAAGAGACAUGAAACUGAUACAUGAGGGUACUUAAGAAUCCUUACUUUGGUUUUACAAUCCAUGAUUUCUGGAAAGUAACUUUUACUAUUACACUACAAAAUUGUAUUUCCUAUUAAAUAUUUCUUUAAGGCUUUUUAAAUAACAGAACAUUUUCUUAAACAAUAUUCAAAACCACGCCAAUUUCUCUCGGCUAUUACAUUCUGUUCUGAUAAUGGUGCAUCAUUUUAAAUACAUUCACAUUAGAAAACAUUAGUUUGUACUAAUGGACUGCUUAAAUAUCAGUGGACCUGCUGUGUUAGAAAUGUGUUCUUAGUGAGAUUAUAAUAGAAUCACCAAAAAGUGCCCAACGUCAACCAUAACAACGUAAGCCUUCUCUCCUGGAGCCAGACUUGUAUUCUAGUUAUUAUAUGCCAGAAUCAAUUCUUGCUAAAUCUGUAGUUGAGGAUGUAAGCCAGUAUUGACAACAUUAAUCCUGCUGUCUGCUGGAUCAUCUUCUCACUCAAAGCCUUCUCACACAUGUAAUAUUUGUUUAUCGUCUGUCUUUUGUUCUCUGCGUGAAACUUUGAUGCUGCUGUCUUGAAAAAAGGGGAUCUUGUAUCUGAAAGAGAAUAUUUUCCUGGUAAAAUAAUGGUUAAAUAAAUACAUAAACAUUGUAUCGAUGUAGAAACUGUUAAGUAAUUUGCCUCCCUUGAUCAUAUACACUAUACUCACAAAUAUAGUCAAAUUGUUGGAUGCUUAAAUGACAGAGCACAAAGCCUCUGUUGUCAACUUUUGUCCACUGGACAAAAAGUUAGAAAUCAACUCUUGACUGAGCCCAGGCUUUAUGUGCUUUCUUUGUCUUGUGUUUAUCUUGUUUAAGUUUCAUGACUGGAAGAAAUUGCCAGCACUUUGAGCUUGUUGUAUUUAAAUAUAUUUCAAUUGUUAAAAAGAAUCAAAGUGGAAUUGACUCUCAGUAAGUCCAUUGGCGUAAUUAACUCUGUGGUAGCCAGGAGUACUUGUGUUGAUUGUAACGCAAAAGUGUUGUUUAAGCAUCUUUAAAAUCCAAGAAUCAUUUUAGGACCAAUAUGUAACUCUGACACCUAGCAUUUAAAAUGGGUACUGCAGUCCAAAUUCAAAACAUUGGAGAUCUCUUUCUCCCCCCCCACUCCCCUCCUCCUUAGAGUCAAUCUGCACACAUGUUGCCAUGUCACAGACACUGAAGCUUCAGUGUUUAUCCAGCUCUGCAUCGGCCUAUUUGUCAAAGCAUCUCCAAUAUUUAUCCUAGUUUGACCAUGUUUCCACAUCAAGCUUGUUAGAGAAAUGCUGAGGUUUUUCUGAUCGGGUGGAAUCAGUUAUAUCGUGUUUGCUGUUUGCCUGGCAAACUGGGGGUCUCCUAAAAGACUGGUGGGGGUGCCACCUACUUCUUUGGUCAAAACAAAAAUAAACCCUUCCGCACUGGAAUCUAAAAUGAACUAUUUUAGGUCCUAGAACACCGUUAAGAAGAACUUUUUUAGCUCUUGCUUCAGAGUAGGUCCCAUGGCGGUGCAAAUGCAGUAUGAAAAGAACUUCCUAUGGCGUGUAGCUCUCAGGGAACUCCAGAGUGGAUAGUUCCUUUUCAAAAAGUCUGCAGAACUGUUUGUUCUGAAAACACCUCAUGAGCUGUAUUAUAUCUGUAGCCCUUCCAAUAGGGGGCAGUGUAGUGAACAAAUUAUAAAAACUGUUAAGAAGUAAGUUUUUUUUUAUUACCAACAUUGAUUUUCAGUAGUGAGGAAAACAUGGAAUGUGAAAACAUGCAAAGAGAGCAUGCAAAUUAUAGAUACGCAGUAAAAGUGCUUGAAUAUUGACUCUGCUAGUUCAGGAUUUCAAGACAUUUUCAAAUUGAGUGUUAUGCUAAGCUAAAACAAGGGGAGAAGUUACGCUUUUCACUAUCAUUUCUGGGUUACUGCAUUAUGUUAGUUGCACUACCAAAAAACUUUCCUAAGAUCUAGACGUUCAAGUUAGAGAGUUAUCCAUGUCUCCUUCUAAAUCUGAAUGAUUAGCCGUACCUGCAAAGGUCAACCUGGAUAAGAUGCUGUGCAGGGGGAGCUUUCAAGCUCAUUGCUAAGAAGAUGAGCUUUCUCACAUAUCUGUUCUCAUCACUCAAUCCUGAGCCCAGUGUCUGAACCCCUCGCCUUACUGUUCUUAACGGCCUAUAAAGCUGUCUUUGUACUGUGCUCUUUGUAAUGACAGA